CUCUACACAAAACACAAAACAUGGAUGAUAAUUUCGAUGAUGAAUUUUUUGAAGUUAAUAAUAUUACUUUCAAAGAAUUAUAUAGGCUAUAUAAUUUAUCAGUGCAUAUAACAUACAACCAAGCGGAAGUCCUCAAGGAACAUGCAUCAUCAUUCAACAGAUUAUCAAAGAGCUUUCGAUUGAAAGACGAUGAAACAAUUUUGCCGUGGACGGAUGUUUAUAAUUACUGGCAAGCAUCACUGGAUUGUAUAAUAAAAAAUCAUUUUAAAAAGUUUCCAACCUCUAUAGUUGUGUUCUGCGGAGAGUUGCUUCAUAUCUGUGAAACUUUUAAGGGGACCGCUGUGCAGAAAAGUUGUGAGACGAAGUAUAAUGAAUUUUACCAACUUAAUCUUGAUAAGCACAUCGAAAAGAAUAUUGUUGAAAGAAUUCGGUUGCUUGAUUCUACAAUAUUUUCAGAACGGGAAGAAGUUUCGUCAUCUGAUGAAAAACGAAUUCGUCGCGAAGAACCUGAAUUGAAGAUCGAAAAUGAUGAGAUUCUCAACUUUCCGCGUAUUGUGACUCCUCCUCAUAUUGCUACUCCAAAUUCUCCGACACCUCAAUUUACACAGGCUCAACCAAAUGUUCUUGAAUAUGAUAAUGACGUUGAUGAAACAGAGGAACUUCUACCUCUCGAUGUUCCUAAAGUUAAAAAGGGAAUUGCGAGAUACAACAUAAUUUUUUUACCGGAAUGUAACAGAAAUGAUCAAUUAAGGUCCAAGUUUACUGAUGACGAAUGGAAAGGUUUUGAGGAAUUCUUUUUUAAAAAAGAGGAAGAAAUCGCAAAAAAGGUCAUCCCAUCACUUAGUAAAGUGGAAACUAUUCUAUAUAAGUACCAGGAAGCCAUAAUAAAUGCAAGUGAGGACGAAUACAUUGAUUUAGAUAGAAUUGAUGUUAUUUACGGUUAUCCGAACGGAUAUAAAUUUAGAAGAAAUUGGCUUGAAAGAUGGGUAGAUAACGUCUACCAAAAAUUAUUUGGCAACAAUAAAAAUGAAAACGUACAUAUUAAAUAUAUUUUGUUUUCAAACCUGAAUGUUAG